ACGUGUGUUACCCCGACUGUGUCAAGUUGAGGUACUAGACAAAGGUUGUUAUUCUUUGAAGUUUGUGCUUAAAGCUGCUGCUGUCAGUGGUGCGAACCUUCAGAAUAAAUAAAAGUGUUGAAAUCUUGACGGUAUUCUCCGUGACGCGCCAUGGCGAGUAGGAACAUUGGACUUUGUCAAAUAUGCUUUACAUGUUACGACAGUGAAGCCAAGCGGCCGAAGAUAUUGCCCUGUGGUCAUACUUUUUGCUCCCAAUGUCUGCUGAAUAUCAGAAAAAAAGAGAGAUCGAUCGCAUGCCCUCUCUGCAAACAAGAGACUGUUGUGACAGACCUAUCACAGUUAACAACAAACUUUAGUAUCCUAGACUUGACACCACAUGAUCAGCAAGAAGUUCAAGCCACAUCAAAGGUAUCGGCCAAAGUUGAGCAGGGACCUCCACUUUCUACUGGAGUUUGUGACGAUCAUGGCCAACACAAAUUAUUUAAGUGCAAAUCGUGUGAAAAGUGGAUCUGCCAUGUUUGCACUAUCCUUGAACAUCCUUUGCCUAAAUGCAAUGUCAUCUCAGUCAAAAAUGCUUUGGAGGAGAUGAAGAACAAUAUAAAUGCACAAGUUGAGCAACUCAUGGCAGAAUAUAACCAAACAUGCAAUCAAUUAGGAGUAUACGACAGAGAACUACAGACCAGGGAGGAGAACUACAAAAAAACGUUAUUGGAACUGGAGCAUGUUAUGGAGGAAUACAAGGAGGCAGAAAAAAGUGUGGCUGGAGAACAUCUCAAGCUAAAGAAAGCACAGGAGGAAGGCUUGGCCAACCUACAAGGUCUCAAAAAAUUACAAAAUAGCAUGUCAAACCUUUCUAGAAUCCAAGACACUGAAGACUUCAGUCAAACUUUUUCUCAUUACAAGGAAUUUGUUCAGACAUGGAUGCAAGAUAUACAGCAGAUGACAAGUGGCCAGAACAUAUCACAUAAGUCUCAGAUACAGAGCUUAACUAACUUCGCAAUGGAGAUGUUAAACUGGAACAUCUUGAAGAAUUUGAAAGUAGAUCAGCUUCAGUCCAUUAUUGACUCUGUCAGAGAAUCUAUCAUGAUAUCAUUGAUCACUUUUGUAAAGCCAUCCCUAUUAGUAGAGAAGGACAACCAGACCUUUCAUGCCAGUGUGAGCAUGCAAGUUAACAAGACAGUCAUGGUUGGAGAUUUGUACCCAGUCCAAUCCUGUUCUUCUACUACCAGCAUUAUUCUCAUGGAAAUGAUGAAGAAAAUACCUGAAGUAUAUAUAGUACAAGAAGGACAAGAGCAAAAGAAAUACUAUCGCAUACAAAAACUUGGAAACGAGGACCGUUUCACGAUGGUGCCGAUGAAUGACCCAAUGCCUCUGGAUCGCCUCCACCUCUUGAUUCCGAUGAAUACUCUAAUACAAGCUGUGGUUGUAUGGGUUAUAAUCAAUGACCGCUUUGGACGUCUGAUGAAGAUGCAGGAGAACCCAACAGUGAAACGUGGGUACCAGCUUCAUACCUCUGUGGAUCAUC